CACUUGUUUCCAUCUCUCAAAAUGACCUGACGUCACAUGACUUCGGGUAAAUAUCUUCGGGUGACUCUUCGGGUUACUCUUCGGAUUUCCGACGUAUCUAACGUAUUGUGUCACAGCAGACUCAUUUUAUUAUGAUACUACUUAGCUUUCGAAGCAGAACUUGCUGGAUAUGGCAGCGCUUGACAAGGAAAACCAUGAACAAAUAAAAAUCGUUGUUGAAUUAGAAACGUUAAAGUCAUUGUGUUGAAUUAAAUGUAUUAAGUUAAGUAUUAAAGUAUGGAUUGGUGAUAAUCAGAGUGAUAUCGAACCAAAUUGCCGAAUUUAAGUUUYAAUCUGAAAAACUAAGCGUACUGUCAGACCGUAAUUCGAUGCUGAACUUUAUUCCGCUCGUCAACACGKCAGGUCAGUUUCAAAGAUGGAAUUUACCUYAUGACCUGUGUAAAGACAAUUUUCCAUCUUUCAAACCGACUUAUGACGUAUGCACGUUGAUCUUUUCCGGAUGUGACGUAGUUUACCCAUUCACCAUUAUUUUGGCGCGAAAUUCCAAAGCAGUGGUAAAUGGCGAUUCAAUGUCAAUAUGACAUUGCCAGACCUUUCUGAWGAGACGGAGGGCGAUUUGCCCAAUAUAAAACACCGUGAMGAAAGAAUUCCGGAUGAAAAUUGUACUACAGCAAGUAARCUGUCAUGGCAGUAUAAAUUUAAAGAAUUGAACAGCCCCUAUGACGGCUACGUCGACACUCUGGAAGACGCCUUGGAUGUGCUACGAGAAUACGAGCUUCAAACAACAACAAAAUUUGCAUCCUUUAAAUCCGACAAGAAAUUUGGAGAUGGAGAUCCCUUUACAAAAUCGAGGAAAGUGUUUUUCAAAGAUGAAAAUAUUCCAUUUGAUGGUAUGCCAUUCAACAUAAUUGGGAGCAAGGUUUUUGACUGUCAUCAUGGUCCUGAUCGAAAAAAGAAUUUCAAAAGAAAACUGGUCGCACAAAAGGAAGCCAAUGAUCACCAUUUUGUGAAAAAAAAGUUUUUGACUCAGAACACUGUCAAAUUCAACUGUCCAGCCCAAGUUCGUUUCUCUGAAGUGAUAAAGYACCCAAGCUACAAGAUAAGGAAUGACACUGAAAGACUUUGCAGAGAUAUGUCAAAAAUGCUUAAAACAGAGAUUGCCAAUGGAAAAAAACCAAAGUUUGAAAGGAGGAUUUACAUCCACCUACCAAGAGAGGAAGACCACAAGCAACAUGUACUUGGAGAGGUUUGUACAUCUUAUCAUUACAGGCAAAUARUUUCUAGUAGAUCGAGCUAMCGAAGAGAUUAGUAAUGACUGUCAUUUAAUUAAUUAAUGUAUUU